UUCUUUGUCCAUUGCCUUUUGGGACAUUUUGAUCAAAAGGACAGAGUCCGUGUUAUUUGUAGCAAUGUUUUUUAUAAGUAGUUUAUUUCACUGGAAGAGAAGAGAAGAGUCUUCUUGUGUCACACUGGCAAAAGACACUCGUUCAUACAAUACGUGCUUUGUAGUUUUGAGGUUUACUAAGAAAAAUUGUCUUUCACAAACAAAUACAGUUCGACCAACGUUUAGAACUUCCUUCAAAGCUUUUCUUCGUGAGACGUUGAAGUGUCAGAAUACCGACAAAAAUUCUCGCCAGUUUUUGGUAGAAACAAGCUUUGAGCAGUUUUCUUCGUUAGCAAAAGAAGCAAAUCUGGUUCCAGUGUUCACUAGGUUGUUCUCAGAUCAUCUAACUCCAGUUAGUGCGUUUCGUUGCUUUAUAAGCGAACAAGAAACACAAGUUCCUUGUUUUUUAUUGGAAUCUGUCACAGGUGGUGAGAACGUGGGUCGAUUUUCCUUUUUAGGACUCCAGCCCAGGUUUCUCUUUUUAGCAAAACAGCACGAAAUACAAUAUAUAGAAUAUUCCUCUUCAGGAACCUCAAAAAGAACCGUAGUAGAUGAGAGACGUUAUAGUGCAGAGGAUCCAACUUUGGAGUUGAGGAAGAUUGCACAAAAGAUAUCGACAGCUUCCGAUGAGCAACUGCCUUUGGAAAGUGCUUUGAGUGGUGGUUGGGUCGGUUAUUUUUCAUAUGAUACGAUGAGGUAUACUUCUCCCAAAAAACUUCCCUUCUCUUCUGCUCCUAAAGAUGAUCGAAAUUUGCCAGAUAUCUGUAUGGGUCAAUAUCGAGAAGUGAUUGCCUUCGAUAACGUGAACAAAUUAGUAUACGUUGUUGUGUGGGAAGAUUGGAAGGAACAUAAGAGUUUAAGAGAUGCAUAUGAGAACGCAGUAUCUAAUCUACAACGUUUAUCCGAAACAAUAUCCAAUGGUAUCUUACGUUCUCCCCUCUCAAGUGCAGUGAUGGACAUCAACACAAGAUUACGUGGACCAAAGAAUUCCGUUUCUAAUAUGAGCAAAGAAUACUUCUUAGAAAGUAUCGAUAAGAUUCAUAAGCAUAUUUUGGAUGGAAACUCAUUUCAGACUGUAUUUAGUCAGCGUUUUAGAAGAAAGACUGAGGCACAUCCAUUUUCUAUCUAUCGAGCACUUCGUGUCGUGAAUCCUUCGCCUUAUAUGAUUUAUAUGCAGUGUCCAAGUUGCAUUCUCGUUGCAUCAUCACCGGAGAUAUUAUGCAAAGUGACGAAUAGAAUGAUGAUCAACAGACCACUCGCUGGAACACGUCAUAGAGGAGUUACAGAAGACGAAGAUGCAGAAUUGGAAAAAGAAUUACUUGGAGAUGAAAAGGAUUGUGCUGAACAUGUGAUGUUAGUUGACUUGGGUCGCAAUGAUGUAGGAAAAGUUUGCAAGUAUGGAACUGUAAAAGUUCCAAAGUUGAUGGAAAUAGAAAAAUAUAGUCAUGUUAUGCAUAUUAGUAGUACAGUAACUGGAAUUUUAUGUGAUGAAUAUGCUUCUUGGGAUGCUUUGCAAUCUGCACUUCCUGCUGGAACAGUUAGUGGUGCUCCAAAGGUGCGUUCCAUGCAAAUUAUUGAUUCGUUAGAACCAACUAUGAGAGGUCCUUAUGGUGGUGGAAUUGGUUAUAUAACUUUUCAAGAUAAUAUGAAUAUGGCAUUGGCUUUGCGCACGAUAGUCAUACCUUUUCAGAGUUCAAGAGGUCCUGACGAGGAAGGACUGUGGACUGUGGAUAUUCAAGCUGGUGCUGGCAUAGUAGCCGACUCAGUUCCUGAGCUUGAAUAUCAAGAGACUGAAAAUAAGGCUGCAGCUCUAGAAGUAGCUGUAGAUGUCGCUGAAAGAUUAUUUUCGUCACAUUUCAAACCUAAACUUUCCAGUAACGAGAUAGCAUUUCACGCAUGAAAUAAAAAUUGUUAGAAAUUAGUUUUCAGCAA